AUGGAAAGGUGCCGCUUGAAACAAUGGCGACGAGACCUUCCACCCACUUCCGUGAUUAUAACCUUCCACAACGAAGCAAGAUCAACAUUGCUGCGAACAGUCGUCAGUGUAUUAAACCGGAGUCCUGAGCACCUGAUCAAAGAAAUAAUCCUCGUAGAUGAUUUCAGCGAUCACCCGGAAGACGGCGAAGAACUAUCGAAGAUCCAUAAAGUGAGAGUUAUUCGUAAUGAAAAACGUGAAGGUCUGAUGAGAUCGCGAGUACGUGGCGCUGACGCUGCGACGGCAAGUGUUCUGACGUUCCUGGACUCUCAUUGCGAGUGUAACGCCGAUUGGUUGGAGCCUUUGCUUGAAAGAGUCGCUGAAGACCCUUCUCGUGUAGUCUGUCCAGUAAUCGACGUAAUCAGUAUGGAUACGUUUCAAUACAUAGGUGCAUCGGCUGAUUUGAGGGGUGGAUUCGAUUGGAGCCUGGUGUUUAAAUGGGAGUAUUUGAGUCAAGCUGAAAGGCAGUCGAGGCAAAAAGAUCCUACUCAGGCUAUCAGGACUCCAAUGAUCGCCGGGGGCUUGUUCGUUAUCGAUAAAGCGUACUUCGAGCAGCUGGGAAAAUAUGACACGCAAAUGGAUGUUUGGGGUGGCGAAAAUUUAGAAAUAUCCUUCCGCGUAUGGCAGUGCGGUGGAAGUUUGGAGAUAAUACCUUGCUCGCGAGUUGGCCACGUAUUUCGCAAACGUCACCCGUACUCGUUUCCCGGCGGAAGUGGAAACGUGUUUGCCAGAAAUACCCGACGUGCCGCUGAAGUCUGGAUGGAUGACUAUAAGCACUUCUAUUACAACGCGGUCCCACUUGCACGGAACAUACCCUACGGAAAUAUUGCAGAUAGGCUUGAUUUGAAAAGAAAAUUGCACUGCAAGCCCUUCAGCUGGUACCUGAAGAACGUCUAUCCGGAAUUAGUGAUUCCGACAAGUGAAGGCGGACCCGGCGGGUCCUUGAAACAAGGACACUCUUGUCUUGACAGCAUGGGACAUUUAUUAGAUGGUAACGUUGGUCUCUAUCCCUGCCAUGAUACUGGUGGCAAUCAGGAAUGGAGCUUAACAAAAGAUGGUUUAAUAAAACACCAUGAACUGUGUCUGACUCUUCCAAUGUACGCAAAAGGCACGACCCUGCUGAUGCAGGUGUGCGACGGAAGCGAAAACCAGAAAUGGAGGUACCUCGAGGGUGGGUUGAUAAGACACUCGAGGAUCCCCGUCUGCAUGGACUCUAAGUUCCACGCACAACGCGGUAUCACUGCCGAAAAGUGCGACUCCAGUGUCGAGUCCCAGCGGUGGCAUCUUUACAACCACGGUCAUUAG